AUCCAAACAAAAAUUAGAAUGGAAUCUUUUUCAUUCAAAUCUAAUCUCUUUGUCAUAGCGAAACGGUGUCGCUAUCAGAGUAUUUCAGGUAAAUUUCAUUAGGCCUCUUAAAUUUCAAUUAGACCAUUGAUAGAAUUCUUAGUCAUGCCUAGCCGUGUUGAACAACUCAUGGCUCAAAAUAACAGGACCGAAACUCCUUCAGAUAUGCUGGCGGAGGUACACAUUUACGUAGUACCACACGACAAAUGGAUCCCAUACCGCCGGCUCGCCAAGAACAGAGUGGUCGAGGAGACGGUGUCUGUGGGGUUCGUGCGGGUGCUUCCUGAGACGACGCUCACCGAACUCAGGACCGCCCUCAGAGAGCAGCUACCGGAGGAAGAACUCCUCCAUCACUUCGUCUUCAUCAAAAGUGUUGGCAGAAACUUUACUCAGGUGAAACCUUACCAAGAAGGAGUCGUCAAGGUAAAGAACUUCCUGCCACCCAAGGCGCCGGAGCCCGAAAUCCACAUUCUGGAAAUUAGCGAAGAACUUCUUCGCAACGCGUCGAGCCUCGGAUCGCUGGUGCUCUCCGACGAACUUUCCGACUCGCAGGCCAGCAGCGUUCUCGGCAGGACUCCCCGCACUUUGGGCAGCGAUACCUGGACACGCCGACCCAGCCAAGCGGAUGCCCCUCUGACCGAGGAGGAAGAGGACCUAUGGGGCGCUCAGGGCCGAUCUGCUGCAGAAGCAGCUUUCACUGAAGCUAGAAUACAAGGAACCAGGACUCGUGCCAGUGAUGAUGAUGACUCAGGGAACAGUGACGUACGGCAGAGCAGCUCGUGGCAGGGCAGCAGCAGGCGGGGCAGCGCUCGCAGAGACCGUGCAAAGGGCAAGACUCGAACCAAAAGAAAUGCCGACGCAAAGACAGGACAUAAUUCCGAGGCUGAAAGUGAGAAAGGUGGUGAAAGCGGCGGUCUCGAGGCUGACGAUGAAACAUCGGACCUCAACUCGAGACGAGGGUCUGUAGCUUACGGAGAGGAACACAAUAAUUCUGAAGUCGAAAAUGAACUCGGCGAUGACAAGGAAAACUUAGAUACUGGCUAUCAUGAAGAUUUUUCUUCCUCGUCACCGCAUACCUUGAGCUAUCGAGAAGCCAGUGGAGACGUUCCGUCUGAAGUUGUCGUCCAGGGUGACCAGGAGGGUGCUGAAGAGGCAACCAAUUUACUGGAAGAGAAUGACUCUUUCCAACAAGAGAACGAGAGAUCCUUUUCCGAGCUUGAUGGACUUCGCCUAAGUGCCGAAGAAUUGGUGAAAGCCUCGGUGAGGAAAGCGGAGGCUUUUGUGAUCUCCUCUGACAUGCCUGACGCUGCGGCCGAUGGCAAUAACAGUCAGUCUGAAAAUGAUGGCGGGGCAGAAGCACAGGCUUCUGAAGGUACUGGCUCGCGGUUUGACCAGCUUGGUCGGAAGAACCGCAUUCCAUUACGUAGAAGCAGGAGUGAACCUCCACGUCGACUAGGACCCCCGAAAAGCCAAGCGACCAAAGCCAGAGGGAGGGGCAAACUAGCCACCAGCAGCUCAACCGCGAGGCUCGUCGGGCGAACGGGACGACAAGCUCCCGGGGGGCCGAGAAGCGACAUCGCGCAACGAGUUCCCAAUGCCAGAG